ACUAAUUGAAACAUUGUAUUUUUCAGGAGCUUGUCGGCCAUACGGUGACUCAGAGGAACUGGAAAGGCAUUGUGAUAGCAUUGGUUGUGAUAAUUGUUGUUUGUGCUCUUAUAGUCGCUACAAUUCUACUUAUAUCUCCAGGUGAAGAUGAUGAAAGCACGAAAGCAAAGUUUACAUUUGAAGAUUUCAUGAGUAGAAAAUACUCCCCUAGAUCCUUCUAUUAUACUUGGAUAAAAGAUGUUGACGCCUUUUAUUACAAGAAUGAUGAUGGUGCUGUUUUACGAUAUAAUUGCUCAACUAACUCCUCCAAUAUUAUUAUGGAUAACUCCACAUUUAAAGAGUUGGAAACUUCCAGUUAUACUAUAUCGCCUGGAGAAUAUUUUGCAUUGCUGCCUUAUGAAAUCAAAAAGAUAUAUAGACAUUCCUCUAGUAAAAAAUACAAAGUUGUGAAUUUACAAACCAAAGAAGCUACAAAUUUGCAAGGACCAAGAGGCCAGACAUUCCAGUAUGUAUCCUGGUCGCCCACAGUGGACGGUGUGGUGUUUGUUCAGGAUAAUGACGUAUAUUAUAGACGUAAUAUAUAUGGCGAAGAAGGUGAAUUCCGUGUAACAACCACUGGCAAACCGGAUGAAAUUUUUAAUGGUGUUCCAGACUGGGUAUUUGAGGAGGAAAUUUUAUUCACAGACAAUGCAAUUUGGUGGUCACCUUCGGGUCAUUAUUUUGCUUUUGCUUCAUUUAAUGACUCAGAAAUAGGCCUGUUUGAUCUUACAUAUUACGGCGAUUUAAAGAACCAGUAUGUUGAAAAUAAGAAAUUAUUAUAUCCUAAGGCUGGCACAACAAACCCAACAUUUUCGUUACAUAUAUUCAACACACAUACUAACGCAACUAUAAAUAUAGAUGCGCCCGAAGCUCUCCGAGAUAUCGAUCAUUAUUUCACGAGAGUCACGUGGCAGAAUGAUGAGCACGUUCAGAUAAUAUGGUUAAAUAGACCACAAAAUAUGUCAAUAAUAACUAUAUGCAGUGCUCGAUAUGGAUCCUGUAUUGAGAAUUUCAGAUUUACAGCACCGUCAGGAGGCUGGGUUGAUUUGUACGCAUAUCCAACAUUUACGGCUGACGGAGGUCAUUAUUUCCUGAUAUUACCACAGCGUGAGGGAGAUGCUGGUUAUUACAGGCACAUAGUAAAGAUAGACGCUUCUGUAACCGUUAAUAUUGCAGCAGGUACUUAUGGUAGAACAACUGUCAUAACAACCGGUUUGUUUGACGUCAUAUCGAUAAGUAGAUACGAUGAAACUGCAAAGCAAAUAUAUUAUCUAGCAUACAAAACAGGUGAUCCCACAUCUAGACAUCUUUUCAGAACUAGCACAGAACCCGGAUCUGAUUUUCAAAAACCAGUCUGUAUCACGUGCUCAAUCUCCAAAGACUGUGAUUGGAUAAGCGCGAGUUUCCCGGAUGUAGGGGAUAGGUUUAUGCUGCAGUGCCUUGGUCCAGGUAUACCAACGUAUACACUGAGAUCCUUGACUUCCAAUACAGUAAUUACAUUUGAAGACAAUAAGGACAAAGCCGACGAGUUGAAGAAAAUUGCGCUUCCAAGAACCAAAAUUAUGCAGGUGCCCUUAAAUGAUAAAGAAAUGAUGUGGGCGAAGUUGAAGCUGCCGGUAGAACUGAAAGAAGAUGAAGAAAUCAAAUUCAACUUGCUCACAGAUGUAUAUGGCGGCCCAAGUUCUCAAAAGGUAACUAAGAGAUUCACACUGGAUUGGGACGAAUAUUUAGCCAGCUCACACAGCAUCAUAAUUGCCAAUGUUGACCCACGUGGUACAGGUGGGCGUGGCGAUUCUUGGAGACAUGCUAAUUAUAGACAUUUAGGGACAACAGAGGUGGACGACACUAUUGUUGCUGCAAGAUAUUUUAACAAAUUGAAGUAUGUCAGUGAUAAACAUGCUAUAUGGGGUUGGUCUUAUGGUGGAUUUCUAACUGGUUUGGCCUUAGCACGUGGCACGGGUGUCUUUGAUUGUGGGAUUUCCGUGGCCCCUGUCACCGACUAUAGAUAUUACGAUAGUGUGUACACGGAGAGAUACAUGGGCAUGCCAUCCGCAGACGACAAUCUGGAAGGAUAUGAGGCGACAAACAUUUCCAAAUUUGCGGAACAGUUUAGGAAAUCAAAGUUUAUGAUUGUACAUGGUACGGGGGAUGAUAAUGUUCAUUUCCAGAACACAGUUCAGUUGAUCCGGGCACUUACGGAAGCUAAUGUAUAUUUCCGAUCUCAGAUCUACACAGAUCAGCAGCAUAGUAUAAACGGAGGUAACUCUCGCAGGCAUCUAUGGAACACGUUAGAAGAUUUCCUCUUCCAGUGUUAUGGAGGGACCAGGACACGACUUGAUGAGUUGAAUAAAGAAUCAUCAGAAAAAGACGACAUGGAGGACGAAUAAUUUCCAGUAUUGAAUGAAAUAGACAUAUUGAGAUGUUUGCUAAUAUAAGCGGAUUACUUUUCCUCCUUGGAAAUUCUAUCGGCAUUAUAAUUAAACAGACAUUUUUGAUAAAUUUAUAACAAUUUGCGUUUUGAUCAAAUUAAUUUGACUAUUCCAUACAUGGAAUUAACUUUUCCAUAUUUCGGAGACAAUUGCUUUUACAACCAUUUCCAACUUUGGAACAAAUUCCUAUUCAAUCAUACAAUACUGAAAUUCUCAUCUUCAGAACAAAUUGCCAUCUCAUUCAUAGAGUCGGAACAAAUUGGUGUUUCAGUCAUAGAAUAAUGAAAUAGUAUCCGUUUCGGAACAAAUUGCCAUUUCAGUCAUAGAGUCGGAACAAAUUGCUGUUUCAGUCAUAAUGAUAGAAUAAUGAAAUAUUCUCCGUUUCGGAACAAAUUGCUAUUAACUUCAAUUCACAGAAUAGUGAAACUCUCAGCUUCUGAACAAAUUGCUUUUCUAUUUAUAGAAUAAUAAAAUUCCCCAUUUUGGAACAAAUUGCUGCGCGGUUCAUAGGAUAGUAAAAUUUCCAGCUUCAGAACAAAUUGCUUUUCCAUUCACAGAAAACACAGAAUGUUCAGCUCCGUUAUAGUGUAAAACUGUAAAUAAAAUAGUAAAACUGUGACCAACGGCUAAAAAUGUUCUUUGGAAAACAUCAUCUUUAUAAACUAGAUACAUACAUUUAUUUCCUCCAUAUUUGGAGAGCAAUCCAUAUUGGGAACGUAAUUGUAUGUCAAAAAUCAAAACUUAAGAUGGAUUGUCACUGUUUAAUUCAAUCGAAUUAAAUACAUGCUCAGUAAUAAUAUAAAAUGUCUAAUUGUUGAGUUAUGAAAUAAAACAAUCAACCUCUGGAUAAUAUAAUAACGUGAAGUCUUAGAUUAUGAAACAAACCGAUGUAACACACUUAUCGCCUGGGCAAUAGUGCUUUUUAUUUAUCAUAUAGACAGAUUAUAUGUAUGUAAUGUACAUACAACGUUUUAUGGACAAUGAAUCAUUACUUUUCAAGAAAUUAUUGAACUGAUUUAUUUUGUACAUGUAUAUAUAUAUAUAUAAUAUAAAUUGAACAUAUUUGUUAAUGAAAAUAAGAGAUAUAAGUUAGUGCUGCCGCACUGGUCAUAUUUUAUAUUUUAAAUUAGUGUUUUAUUACCAGCCCCGGUGAUAUUUUAGACAUGUACGCAAAUAUAAGGGCACACAUAUUUAUAGAUUUUAUAAUUUUAUAGCUUACAUAGGAUCUGCAAAAUGAAAUCCACCUAUAUAUAAAUGACGAAAAAUCAACAACAAAAAACAUUGUAUUGAAAUAACGAUAUGAAAAAUGAAAUCUACACGAGCAAUCAAUUAAUAUAACCAGAAAUCAUUUACAUUUAUUAUAUUAUAUAACCCAAUAUAAAUGGUUCUAAGAUUAUAUAGCCCAAACAGCUUUAGGCAAAGGUUUUAUGGUUUUUAAAACAAACAUGGAAAUUAUAACAAUCCACCUGUGACGUAGAGCGAGUAAAAUAUCAGUUGUAUCAUAGUUUGGGUACCUUUCUGUUGAAAAAGUGUCAGAGUUAAAUCGUAUACAUAUACAUGCACAGUGCGGUAACUGGAGUGCGGGUAUCAGUUACCCGCACUCCAGAUAAUGCCCGUGGAUUGGUUCAUUUUUGCCGGGGUUUACAUAUUGUGACGGCAGA